AUGACAGCUAUUCAAACUCAUGUGAUAAUCUUCUUCAUGUUCUUGAUCGUAGUAACAUCAUCAACAAGAGCCCAAAGGAGUCCCCAUGUCCGAAACAACCAUGGACUCUCAAUCGCCGUCGAAGAAAUGGAAAAAGCAAACUACUUCUCUUUCGUGAUGCUCAUCAACAUGCUACAUUCCGUAAACCCUAAAUUCUUAGCCAACGUCACAUUCUUGAUGCCAAAAGAUAAAACCCUUUCAAGAACACACAUUAUCCAUCAAGACUCCGUUACAGAGUUCUUGCUUCGCCACUCGAUCCCUUCUCCUCUUCCUUUCGAGCAACUCAGUCUCAUCCCCAACGGCUCCACUAUUCCUUCCUCUUUACCACAUUACACCCUCCAGAUCUCCAACGGUGGAAAAUCAAACUACUUUCUCAACAAUGUCAAGAUCAUUAGCCGCAACAUUUGCAGCUUAGGCUCUAUCAAAUGUCACGGAAUCGAUGGUAUACUACGAUCUACAAGUACUACUACCGAAGAUGAUUCUCCUCGAAAUAGUCACGACGUACCAAUUAUUUCUUGCCCUAGCACCCGCAACAAUAGUGACCACAAUAGUCACAACAGUAGUGACCACAUCAGUUCUCCUCCUCCUGAUCAUACCGCUCCUCCUCCAACCAGCAGUCCGAGUAGCCAACCAAAGUCAGAUUCGUCGAAGCUUCGUGAGGGAGAAAUGUCGGGUUUUAUUAUUCUUCUACUUGGAAUAUUACUGAGUGUGGUCGGCACAGGGAUCGCCAUGUAA